AUGGCUGAGUUUGUAAUCAGGCCGCUGGUCUCCAUGUUGAUGGGGAAGUCGUCCAGCUACCUUCUGAAGCAGUACAAGGUGAUGGACGGCAUGGAGGAGCAGCGUGAGAUCCUGGAGCGCAAGCUUCUGGCAAUCUUGGACAUAAUCGAAGAUGCCGAGGAGAAAGGAGCUCACCGACCUGGAGUGAGUGCUUGGCUCCAAGCACUCAAGAAGGUGGCCUACGAGGCGAAUGAUGUCUUCGACGAGUUCAAGUACGAGGCGCUCCGGCGUGACGCCAAGGCAAAGGGACACUACAGGAAGCUUGGCUUUGACAUCGUAAGGCUCUUUCCUGCUCUUAACCCCAUUGUUUUUCGGUACAAGAUGGGCAAGAAGCUGUGCAGGAUUGUGCACAUCAUUGAGGUCCUUGUCGUAGAGAUGAAUGCCUUUGGAUUCAGAUAUAAGCAGCAAGAACCACAUUCCAAGCAGUGGCGUAUCACAGAUUCCAUAAUCAUCGAUUCCGAGAAGGAUAUUGUCAGCAGAUCCAGAAACGAAGAGAAGAAGAAGCUCGUGGAUAUAUUGAUUGAUCGAGCUAGCAACGGGGAUCUCAUUGUCCUUCCCAUUGUUGGAAUUGGUGGGUUGGGCAAGACUACCUUUGCUCAGCUUGUGUACAAUGACCCCGAAAUCAAGGAACAUUUCCAGCUCCAGAGGUGGUGUUGUGUGUCAGAUGAUUUUGAUGUUGCUAAGAUUGCGAACAGCAUCUGUCAGACCAAUGAGAAAGAUCGCGAUAAGACAUUGCAAAAUCUUCAAACAGAAUUAAACGGGAAGAGAUGCCUUAUUGUGUUGGAUGAUGUAUGGAAUGAAGAUGUUGAUAAGUGGGAAAAACUAAAGACAUGUCUGAAGCAUGGUGGCAAGGGGAGUGCAAUACUGACAACCACUCGUAAAGCAAGAGUAGCUCAAAUUAUGAAGAUGUGUGUUGAUGAUAGCCAUAAUCUUGGAGAACUACAUAAAGUAUUUUUGAAAGAAAUAUUCGAGAAUAGAGCGUUCUGUUUGCAGAAGCCGAACGCUCCAGAGCUAAGUGACGUGGUUGAAAAGAUUCUCGACAGAUGUGGGGGCUCUCCGUUAGCUGCAAAAGCCUUUGGAUCUAUGAUGAGUAACAAGACUAGCAUAAAGGAAUGGGCAGACGUACUGACCAGAAGCAACACUUGCAGUGAGAAGACAGGAAUUUUACCUAUACUCAAGCUCAGCUAUGAUGACUUGCCAUCACACAUGAAACAGUGCUUUGCGUUUUGUGCUGUAUUUCCUAAAGAUUACCAGAUUGAUGUGGAAAUUUUAAUCCAGCUAUGGAUGGCACAUGAUUUCAUACCACUGAAGGACGGUGGCAAUCUUGAAAAGGUGGGCAGAGAAAUUUUUGACGAGCUAACUUGGAGGUCAUUCUUUCAAGAUGUCAAUCCAGCCCCUCGGCGAGGAAGUCGUCAGAACCCUUGUAGAAUACUAUGCAACAUUCAUGACCUUAUGCAUGACAUUGCCUUAUUUGUUAUGGGAAAAGAUUGUUUGACUGUACUAAAUAGGCCUAAUCAAGAGGAGUUGUUGUCAGCCGGCCCAACUCGCCACAUGUUCUCAUCAUAUCAUUGUAUUGAGACUCUUCUGGAUGAUUAUCUGAAGAAACACUCUCCAGCUCUCCAAACACUGUUGUGUCUAUCCUCCGUUUGGGGCUCAGCACCACACUUGUCAAAUUACAAUCAUCUGCGAGCACUACAACUCUUUCCGAUGACAAAACUUCCACUCCGACCAAGGCACUUGCAACACCUAAGGUACCUUGAUCUCUCAAACAAUUGGAAGAUCGAAGAGCUUCCCAUAGAAAUGAGCAUAUUGUAUAAUCUACAGACCCUGAACCUUUCUAACUGCGACAAUCUUGGUCGUCUUCCAAAGGAUAUGAAAUAUAUGACAAAUCUCCGCCACCUCUAUACAAAUGGAUGCAGAUCAUUGAAGUGCAUGCCUCCAGACCUUGGGCAACUCAAUUCUCUACAGACUCUAACAAAUUUUGUGAUGGGUUCUGGUCCUGGAUGCAGUACUAUUAGAGAAUUACGGGACUUAAAUCUUGGAGGUCAAUUAAGGCUAUCUUGUCUUGAUUAUGCAACUGAAGAGCAUGCCAAAGCAUCCAGCCUUGGUAAAAAAGAGAAACUAACAAAUUUAUCUCUUGAAUGGAGCAAUGACAGCAGCGAUGAACGGGACCAGCAAAGGAAUGUGCUUGAUGCUCUCAAACCUUAUGGUGGGUUGAAGUUCCUAAGAAUACAAUCCUACAGAGGUACUGGCUUUCCAUCAUGGGUGAUAAGUCCUACUUUUCUGCAGCAUUUGACCGAGCUCCACCUAGAUGAUUGUACAAGUUGCGAGGAAUUUCCACAAUUCGGUCUUUUUAAGGCCCUUGAGGUUCUUGUUUUGAAAAGGUUGAACAAAUUGCAAAGCCUAUGCAGUCACAGUUCAUCAGAAGCAUUUCCAGCAUUAAAAGACCUCACAUUAGAAAAUCUGAAGAUUUUUGAGAGAUGUGUGGCAACAGAAGGAGAAGAAUUAACGUUUCCUCUUCUCGAGAAUAUUCAUAUUUGGUACUGCCCAAAGCUAACAACUCUGCCUGAAGCGCCAAAGCUCAAAGUCAUGAGGUUAGCAGAAGACAUGGCUAAACUAUCGUUAUCAAUAUUUAGUUCGACGUACAUGUCUAACAUUUCUAAGUUAGUCCUAUCUGUCAGUGACACAGAAGCAACACCAACAGCGGAGCUUGACCAGGAUCGUGAAGUAUCUCUCUCGAUAAUAGAGUUGCGUGGUUGCAACUUUUUGUUCCCCUCAAGUCCAUUGCAGCCAAUAGUCGGGGUCUGGAAAUGGUUUGGUGACCUUAUGAAGUUGCGAAUUGACUCUUGUGAUAUGCUCAUCUACUGGCCUGAAGAAGAGUUCCGUAGCUUGGUAUCAUUGAAGAGCUUUUACAUUUAUAACUGCAGCAACAUAAUAGGCCCCAACAAGGUGAAAGGAUGUCGUACUCGAAUAAGGGAUGAACUCCUGCCAAAUCUAAAAGAACUAUUUAUAGGAAGUUGUAUAAGCUUGACAAAGCUUUUUGUUCUUCCCCCAUCUCUCACGAGUAUUACAAUUAAAAAUUGCAAUAGUCUUGAGUUCAUGCUGGGGCAGGAUGAAUGUGAGUUGGCGAGUCUACAACACUUCAACACAACAGCAUCGUUGGAACACUGCAAUGAACUUAUAUCCACAAGUAUGCCAGAGCAGUCAGUUUCACCCAGAAUUAAUCAUUUUCCAUGUCUCCAGUUUUUAGAAAUAAGGGGCUGCAAGAAGCUUCGUUUCGUUCCAGCACAGUUGGAUGCGCUCCGAUUUCUGUGUAUUAGUGCUUGCAAUGGGCUGAAGUCACUGGAUUGUUUGGGACAUCUACCAUUACUUGAAGGACUACAGCUUCAGGAAUGCAAACAUCUGGCAUCUGUACCAGGUAGUCAUGGGAAUUACUCAGCCCUUGAGCACCUCAGGAUUAAAUAUUGCCCGUCUUUAAAUAUGAAGCCUCUUUACGAACACCUCCAACAGCGGCCCGCUAGCCUUGAAUACAAUGAUAUAUCCCGUGCUUGUUCAAGCAAUCCUGAUGAAGGGCCUAAACUAUGGGAACCAAAAUCUUGGAAAUACGCGAUUCCUGGACGUCAGUGAGCCGGCUGCUUCACUUGAGUACCGACUGACAUAUGCAUACCAUAUGAUCAGCAUAAUUGAUGAUUGCCGUUCAAGAGAAUCUUCAGCGUGAAUUUUUUUUGUUCUCCUGUUUUGUAAUUCCUAUGAGGAUAAGCCG